AAUAUGAUAAUUUUGUUGAUAUGCUCUGGAGUUUCUCCUUUCGGGUUUUAGUUAAAUUUGCUAAUUGUAUCCAAUUUUCCUGACUUCUGGCUACACGUUAAGAUUACUUAGAGUGUUCUGCAUGAAGGGCUGAUGGAAAACGCUAGGGAUCUGGCGGAGCAUGGCGCCCGUUCGGAGCGUAAGCGUCGGGACUCGUUCGGGAUGUUUGACGGCUACGACAGCUGCAGCGAGGACUCCAGCAGCAGCUCCAGCUCCGAGGAGAGCGAUGAGGAGGUGCCCGCCCUGCCCGCCAACCUGCCCAUCAUCAAGACCAAUGGCCAGGUCUACACCUACCCCGAUGGCAAGGCCGGCAUGGCUACGUGUGAGAUGUGUGGAAUGGUGGGGGUGCGGGACGCCUUCUACUCCAAAACCAAGCGCUUCUGCAGCGUCUCCUGCUCCAGAAGCUACUCCUCCAACUCAAAGAAGGCCAGCAUACUGGCCCGCCUUCAGGGUAAACCCCCGACAAAGAAGGCAAAGGUAUUACAGAAGCAACCUCUCAUGGCCAAGUUAGCUGCAUACGCGCAGUACCAAGCUAACCAGCAGAACCAGGUCAAGAAAGCAGAUGUUCCAGUGGAGGGUUUUGACUGGGGCCGAUACAUUGGCACUGGGGAGAUGUCCGGAGCUCCCGUGAGCUGCUUUAAACAUGUUCCCAUGGGGACGUCUUGGGGUGACAUCACUGAAGGAGUGCGCGUGGAGGUGGCCAAUGCAGACAGCAACCUGCCCACGAAGGUCUACUGGAUAGCCAGCAUCAUUAAGCUUGCAGGCUUCAAAGCCCUGCUGCGAUACGAGGGCUUCGAUGGGGACGCGGCACAGGACUUCUGGCGGAACCUGUGCGUGCCCGACAUCCACCCUGUGGGCUGGUGCGCCUCCAUGAGUAAACCACUAGUGCCACCUGAGGCCAUACAGCACAAGGUCGCCAACUGGAAGGCCUUCCUGGUGAAGCGUCUGACUGGAGCAAAGACACUCCCCCCGGAUUUCACGAGCAAGGUGCAAGAGAGCAUGCAGUUCCCCUUUAAGAAGCUGAUGCGAGUGGAGGUGGUGGACAAGACGCACCUGUGUCGGACGCGCGUGGCGCUGGUGGAGCAGGUGAUUGGCGGCCGGCUGCGGCUGGUCUACGAGGAGAGUGAGGACGGCUCGGACGACUUCUGGUGCCACAUGUUCAGCCCCCUCAUCCACUCCAUCGGCUGGUCGCGGAGCAUCGGCCACCGCUUCAAGCGAUCAGAUGUGUCAAAGAGGUUGGAAGGACAGACUUCCGUAGACGCCCCAGGGCAGCUAUUUGUAAAGGUGAGGGAUGUGGACCAGAGCGGGGAUUGGUUCAAAGAGGGCAUGAAGCUGGAGGCCAUUGAUCCUCUCAACCUCUCCGCCAUUUGUGUCGCCACUGUACGCAAGGUGCUGGCAGACGGAUACCUCAUGAUCGGGAUCGACGGCUCGGAGGCGGCAGACGGCUCUGAUUGGUUCUGCUACCACUCCACCUCGCCGUCUAUAUUCCCCGCCGGCUUCUGUGAGAUCAACUCAAUCGAGCUCACCCCUCCCCGAGGGUACACAAAACUCCCUUUCAAAUGGUUUGACUACCUCAGGGAAAUGGGAUCUGUGGCAGCCCCUGUCAAGCUCUUUAACAAGGAGGUUCCAAACCACGGCUUCCGCAACGGCAUGAAGCUGGAGGCGGUAGACCUGAUGGAGCCGCGACUGGUGUGCGUAGCCACGGUGACGCGGAUCGUCCACCGGCUGCUGAGGAUCCACUUUGACGGCUGGGAGGACGAGUACGACCAGUGGGUGGACUGCGAGUCCCCAGACCUCUACCCCGUGGGCUGGUGCCAGCUCACCGGCUACCAGCUGCAACCGCCGGCCGCUCAGGCCUCAAGAGAGCGUCCACCGAGUGUGACCAAACAAAAGAAGAAAUCCCAGCAGUACAAAGGCCAGAAAAAAAAGCGUAAGAUUCCCAUUGGUAGGCGGCCAGUGAGUCUGACGGGCAUCGCCCUGAGCGGGGUCCCCCAGCUGCACAGCCUCUCGGGGGACGAGAACAUGACCCCCCCGGAGUACCCCUCCCCCCCGACACCGCCCACCACCUCCGAGGCCAUGCACCACACUGUGUCCGCCAGCCAGGAGCUCAACCCUGCCCGCAAAGCAGGGGUGGCGCUGCAGGUGAAGGAGGAGGUGGUGGAGCCUGACGAGUUCACCUUCCCACAGGCUGCUACUGAGCGCCAGCCGAGCCAGAGCCCCGCGCCCGCGCUGCCGCCCGCACCACCACAGCCACCGCCAGCACUCACUACCCAGUCCGUACCCGCGCCCGCGCCAGGCCUCUACAUCAAACAGGAGCCCUGACGGAGGACGACGAGGAGGAAGAGAGAGGGAGAGAGAGAAUUCAAUCACACACACACACACACACACACACACACACACACACACACACACACACACACACACACACACACACACACACACACACACACACACACACACACACACACACAGGCUCGCACUGCUCAUGGCUCAGCAGCAGCCCCCUGGGGACCCCUGCAGGAGAACUGAGUGAGUGAGCAAGCGAGUGGUGUGUGUGUGUGUGUGUGUGGGCGUGGGCGGGGGUCUAGUCUGCUCCUCUUGUGCUCCAUAUUAGCAGCCACUCGCUCACUCCACCCCACUCUUCUCCUCUACUCUCAUCUCAUCUCAUGGCAGUUGUGUUGGGAGACGGGAGUGGACUCGUGUUCUGGUUCAGUCAUCCAGAGCUCGGCACCUUUGGGGGUUCAGGAGACACUGAUGAGGGGGGUGGGGAUGGGGAUG